GUGAGGGGCGAGUGAGAGACAACCGAGACGCAAGCCCCCUUUUCAAGCCUCUGUGAGCGACGACGGAACUUGCGAAGGAAGAAGGGGUUGCCAGUGGCCGCAGUCGUUGUCGCUGUCGUCGUCGCACGGGAAGUCUCCAAAUCCCCUUUGAUCCGUUCGGAGUCUCCGGAGACGCGAUGCUCGAAGUGUGAAGUCGCCAGCGUCACACUCCCGUUCUUCCCGUCUCUCGACUCUCACCCAACGCAUACCCAGAUACUCAUCUCGUUCUGAUACUACUCAUCCUCCUCCAGCUUCCCGGAAAUGUCCACUCCGCCCUCCACCCCAAUCCCAAUCGCCCUCCUUGGCGCCGGCAUUUUUGCCCGCCAAUCCCACCUCCCCACCCUCCUCCGCCGCCCCGACCUCUUCCGCCUCGUUGCAAUCUACAGCCGCUCCCACUCCUCCGCCCAAACCCUCCACGCCGCCGUCCCCUCGUCUUACCCACACCCUACCCCGGCCCUCUACUGCGAUACGACCUCCGACGAUGACGAUAAUGCGAGUGUGAAAUCAUCCGGCGAUCUAACAGCCCUCCUCAACCGCACAGAUAUCACAGCAGUCGCAAUCUGCCUCCCCGUCCGCGUCCAGCUCGACGUGGCCCUGCAAGCUCUGAAGAGCGGGAAAAGCGUGUUGAGCGAGAAACCCAUCGCCCCCACCUCCGAUUCCGCCCGUGGCGCCAUCCUCCAAUACGAGGCCCACAAAUCAACCGUAUCUCGACCCCCAGUCUGGCAAAUCGCAGAAAACUGGCGCUGCGAAUCCGCCAUCGCCCACGCCGCGGAUCUCAUCGCGACGCAGGGCGCGGGAAAAGUGCGCACGUUCGCGUUGCAGGUGUUUGUGGAAACGAGGGAGGACAAUCAGUAUGUGCGGACGGGGUGGCGGACCGGUAACGAGACGGCGGUGCUGCCGGGCGGAUUCAUCCUCGACGGCGGCGUACACUGGAUCGCGCUGCUGAGGGGUGUACUCGCGGGCGGGGAUGUCGGGGGUGUGCCCAUCCACACCGCUGAUGCUACAACACCGAAAUGGGAAAUCGACCGUGUGGCCGCAUUCGGGGGCCUCUGGCUCGAUUAUUGCGCGCCCACCGAUUUCGUCGCCGCUACCGUCCAACUACGUCCCACCACUGCGACGAACCCACCCACAACGCGCCCCACGGGAACAAUCAACAUCUCCUUCGCAUCCGCCGGCAAACCCUUCCACCUCUCCCUCACCGUCAUCUGCGAAACAGGCCUCCUUGAAUUCACAGUCGAGCAGGUGUCGACUCCGGACAACACCGGAGCCAAACCGCGAAGGGGGUUCAGGGUUGUGUGGACGCCCUCCUCCACUUCGUCUUCAUCAGCAGACACGACAACGACAACAAAGACGUUUGUAGCCGACGGCCUCGACAGAGAAUUCGAGGUCUUUGCAUCGGCCCUCAACAACAACACAGCGAAGAGCACCGCUCCAGGCUUGCCCGACCUAUCCCCCACCCAAGCCCUCCAGGACGUGCAGAUCAUCGAGGCGAUGUUGAGGAGUGCGAAGGAGGAGGGGAGGGUCGUACAGGUCGACGGAGGAAGUAAGCCGGUGGAUAGAUAGCUUUUAUUGUUUUGUGGGAUGUAUCGUAGGUGUACGGCGUGUACGGCGGGUAUGUAGAUGGUGGUGAUUGUGGGGAUUGGGAGGACGUACAGGUUUGUGAUACUGUUUUUGGGCAUUGUUAUGGUUGUUUCAAGAUAGGCACCCUCAAAUGUAUAAAAAAGAG